GGGCUCGAACCUGCUGCCGGCUGUCCGGGGGUUUUGUACAGUAUGAAGAUCUUUCUGCCGGCAGUAGCAUUAUGGGGGAAAAAGGCGCCUUCUCACAGCAUCACUACCAUAAUGAUUACAGAUGAUCAGCACACUAUUGUUACAGGGAGCCAAGAGGGUCAGCUAUGUCUCUGGAAUCUUUCCUCGGAACUAAAGAUCUCAGCAAAAGAGCUUCUCUUCGGUCAUACUGCUUCUAUAACAUGUUUGGCAAAAGCCAGAGAAUUUGAAAAACAGCCAUAUGUUGUUAGUGCUUCUGAGAAUGGGGAGAUGUGUGUUUGGAAUGUCACCAGUGGCCAGUGCAUUGAGUCUACAACCCUCCCUUAUAGACACACAGCCAUCUGUUACUAUCACUGUGCCUUCCGAAUGACUGGAGAUGGCUGGCUUUUGUGUUGUGGAGAAUAUCAAGACAUCAUCAUUAUUGAUGCCAAGACCUUAGUAGUUCUUCACACUUUUACAUCAUCUCAAUCUCCUGAUUGGAUCAGUUGCAUGUGCAUUGUUCAUUCCAUGAGGAUUCAAGAGGAUUCUCUCUUGGUGGUAUCUGUAACUGGAGAUCUCAAAGUGUGGAAUCUAUCAUCAUCUAUAAAUAGCAUCCAGGAAAGGAAAGAUAUUUAUGAAAAAGAAUCCAAAUCUCUGGACUCACCCAACUGCCGGACGAUAAGAUUUUGCACCUAUACGGAAAGACUUCUGUUGGUGGUAUUUUCCAAAUGUUGGCAGGUUUAUGAUUUCUGUGACUUUUCUCUCCUGCUCACUGAAGUCAGUAAAAGCAGGGAGUUCUUUGCUGGUGGAGAGGUGCUCGCUGCCCACCGAAUCAUCAUCUGGACAGAAGAUGGUCACAGUUAUAUCUAUCAGCUGCUGAACAGUGGACUUUCAAAAAGUUUAUACCCUGCUGAUGGAAGAGUACUUAAAGGAACCAUGUAUCCUCAUUUACUCUGCUCUACUUCUGUAAAAGAAAAUAAGAGCUAUCCAUUUGUUAUGGGCUAUCUCAAUGAACGGAAGGAACCUUUCUAUAAAGUCCUCUUCUCAGGAGAAAUGUCUGGAAGAAUCACUUUAUGGCAUAUCCCUGAUGUUCCAGUAUCAAAGUUUGAUGGUUCUCCUAAAGAAAUACCAAUAACUACCACCUAUAUCCUUCAAGAUAAUUUUGACAAGUAUCACACUAUAUCACCCAGCAUUAUCGAUGGUUUCUGUGCAUUUGAAGAUGGAGAUGGAAGCCCAGCAGUUACUUCAUCUAUGUUUAUUCCAAGUUUUGACAAAUUAAUAUGUGGAUGUGAAGAUGGGAGGAUCUUUAUAACACUAGCUUUAAAUGCAGCAAAAGCAGGACUUUUGGAAGAUAAUGCCUUUUUUAGGAAAGAUUCCCUGCCUUACAAAGUUCUCAGAGGUCACAACAAAAGUGUUACUUCCUUACUUUAUCCUCAUAGUCACUCAUCCAAAUUAGAUCAGAGCUGGAUGGUUUCUGGGGAUCAAGAAUCUUGUGUAAUCUGGUGGGAUAUCUUUACUGAAGAAGUUUUGCAUAAAUUCUUUUUGAGGGCAGGUGCAGUAACAAGCCUUUUGAUGUCACCAGAAAUCUUCACACUGAAAGAUCAUCACAUUGUGUGCUGUGUAUGCAAUGACCACUCGGUUAUACUACUCCACCUUGAGGAAAAGACAUGUCUUUUGAAGGCUCAGAAGCACCUUUCCCCUGUGACAACAAUAAAAUGGCACCCUGUAGAAAAUUUCUUAAUUGUUGGAUGUGCAGAUGAUUCCAUUUACAUCUGGGAAAUUGAAACCGGUAAAUAGCAUUUAAAAAAAAUUCCUCAUGACUGUAUUUUUUCCAAGCAGAUGACAAGGCAGGAAGACCAGUGAAGUAGCAGUAAUGAAGUACAGCAGGCCUAACCUUUGGAAUUUUUAUUUUUAGUACAAAUGGGCUGUAUUUAAUGGCUUCCAAUGAAGCUGGGUG